AUGACCAAGCUAUCUACUCAUUCCACAAAGCUGUCAACACUUAGAGCCACACUUACUCCUUACAACAGAAGGACCAACAACAGAGAACCUCAUACUUUUAGGUUUACUCCUCUGUCCUCAGUGCCAUCACUUCCAGCUCUUGUUAUUGACGAUAAUGACUGUGAGAUUAUUGAUAAGCCUUUUGUACCAAUAAUCCAAUCAGAUUCAUCCUCUACUCCCGUCUCGAUUCCAGUCAAUGUCGUAGAACACACCUCAACUCCACAAUCCUUGGUUGUAGCUAAUCCUCCUGUUGUCCAACCCUCUGGGCUACCUCUCCCAAUUCCACUUCCAAGUCCUGUUGCCCCAUCGGACACAACAACAACAAUCAAGACCAACACCUCCCAAGCCCAACCCUCCUCCUCUUCCCCAAAGACACGACAGCCCAACCCUUCACCAAUCAACAAUGCCGGUACAUAUGUUCCCGAUAUCUACUACUACACUCAGAAGGCAUUGGAUGACUUUAGCAACAACACAUACUCUACCAAUGUAUCAUCACUUACAUUGUUACCAAAGUUGCCAUCAUCGCCAUCAUCAACUACUACCACCACUACCACCACAACAACAGUAGGUGGCAUGUCUGGUAAGCCAUGUAUGAGUACCAAGACCACGACUUCAGUGCAGAAUGUGUCUCCAACCACAUCAAUGUCUACCAAGGUUGUCGUCCAAUCCGUCUACAAUCCAUCCACUCAAACAUAUGUUCCAGUGAGACAAAUGACCAUCAAGACCCUGCAUCCACUUCCAAAGGCCUCUGUCCCAUCAUCACCAGCAUCAUCAUCCACAUCCACAACUCCAUCCACACCAUCUACACCAAUCAAAGCAUAA